AUGAGAGUCAUUCUGCUAGUACUCAUAUCUAUUAGCAACAGCUUGGCAAGCGGCAUUAUCGAAAAGAUCGACAAGGCGCUGAGCGAUAUACCGACAACCCUGAACAAGGCCGAGCUUCUUGCCACUACCGAAAUAUUACAUGCACAUGAUAAAGCAGUCGAAAGACAGCUUCAGCUGAGCCCACAACAAGAGUUAGAAUUGCACAGACUUGAGACGGAAGCGGCACAAUUAGGGCAUGCCUAUUAUGAUAACCACACUAUCAGCCAAAUCAACCAUCAGUCGCAUAUAGACGAACUCUUGUAUCAGAGUGACAUAAUUCUAACCACUGAACAAGCGCAAAUGAUUGCUAAGGAUGAAGAAGCUAUGGAAUUGGAGAGAGAGAGAAGUAAACGUCAAGCAUUGAACUGGAACCACUGGAAAAAUUACAUGUGGCCAAAUGGCGUAUUAUACUAUUCAUUCGCAGUCGGUACAAAAAAGGGGCAGCUCUGUGGAUGGAAGACACUUGUGUUCUUCUUAUCGAAAGUUCAGCAGGUAGGAUCGGAGCUGUGCAUUCAAAAUCCCACGUUCUUUUCUUAA